AUGGAUGGAUGGGCGGAUCGAUGGGAAAAUGAAUGGUAAAAUAGAUAGGCUAGAUAGAUUUAUGGCUCUGAUGUCUGAUUGAAAGUCAUUGUAGAAGUAUUUUGAUGGUACGUAAAACAGCAGUCAGGUGGCAUCGCUGAAAUGAUGUGAUAUUCCCUAAUGAUUUCACCUGAUCCCGCUGACCUGCGGAUGAAUGACAGCAGAGCUGGUGUGGACCCGCAGACUAAUGACUCGAGCGCUCAGUCGGUGUGUUCAUGGGUUAAUUCAUGCUCUGUGAGGAAUCUAUCUGCUUCUUUCUCAUAGGAACCUGCUAUUUCUUGUUUUGUGACCACCAACAGCUCGUGGAGAACAAUAUCCAGCUGUACUGCUGAUUUGACAGCGAUGUUUAUUGAUUGUUUUAUGAGGCUCGUGUGUGUGUAUGGCAGUCGAAGAUCUAUGAGCAGCUUUUUGCGAUGUGAAUCAAUAAGGUCGGGAAUUAUGAGCUGGAAUUCGCUUAAGAUCAUGGAAGUACUGAAGAAUCCAGGGGCUCAUUAGAGCUGAUUGGAGUUGGUGGAAAAGUCUAACUGUUUUAUUGCUUUCGGCUGGAAGUCGGACGUUUUUUUUUUUUUUUUCUCGGAUAACAAUCGGGAUAAGGACCACUGUCCACUGCUAUUCGCACCCGAUGGCUAAACAUUAUAUCGUGUAUAAUCGCGAAUGAGAUCUGGAGCAUUUCCUCACAAUUCAGCGACCAUCUGUGAUCCAGAUUUCAGCAGCGGGAUAAUCUGGAUCCUGUAGCGGCAUCGGCUCGGAUCAUCAGCCCACCGGGAUCUGAGGGAUCACUUUCAGAGAUCGCCCACCCUCAUCACUAAAGGGAGAAGAUGCCUUUCCACCAUGUGACGGCAGGAUUGCUGUACAAGGGGAACUUUUUGAGUCGCUCACUCUCUGAACACAGCAACAGUGAACAGCUCGCCAACAUCUCGGUGGAGGAACUAGAUGAGAUCCGGGAGGCGUUCAGGGUCCUGGAUCGGGAUGGCAAUGGGUUCAUCUCCAAGCAGGAGCUUGGCAUGGCCAUGCGCUCACUAGGGUACAUGCCCAGUGAAGUGGAGCUGGCAAUCAUCAUGCAGAGAUUGGACAUGGAUGGUGAUGGACAGGUGGACUUUGAUGAGUUCAUGACGAUACUCGGACCGAAGCUCCUGUCCUCUGAAACACGGGAAGGUUUCCUUGGAAACACAAUUGACAGCAUAUUCUGGCAGUUUGAUAUGCAGCGGAUUACGCUGGAGGAACUGAAACACAUCCUUUUUCAUGCCUUCCGGGACCACCUGACGAUGAAGGACAUAGAGAACAUCAUCAUCAAUGAGGAGGAGAGCUUGAACGAGAACUCGGGGAACUGUCAAACAGAGUUUGAGGGAGUUCAUCCCAAAAAGAAGAAUCGGCAGACGUGUGUGCGCAAGAGCCUGAUAUGCGCGUUCGCCAUGGCCUUCAUCAUCAGCGUCAUGCUCAUCGCGGCCAAUCAGAUGCUGCGCAACGGAAUGGAGUAGUGACAUCACUGUGAGCGCGGCGGAGCCUGCAUGUGCAUGUCUGUCGAUGAAGUUGUCAAAAAUUACCCAACAAACUCGAGAACCAAAACCAAACACCUCACUACUGAAAAGAGGAGCUUUUUAUUCUUUUUUAUUUGUAUUCUCCCGUUACUUUUCCACGCGGACCGGCGAGCCAAGCCAGCAUGUUACACGGGGCCUCAUCUCUCAGGCAGGGACUUUAAAGGGCUGACUUUCUGCUUUUCGUGCCACCUCUGUUCCCUAAUGCAAUAACACGCAGGAGCUCAUAAGCUGUCACUGUCUCCUCUGUGGCUUCAUCUAUUUCAGCAGGGAUUCGCUGAUGAGCUUCUGCUGGGUUCGGGCCUGCUGUCGAUGUAGGAAGGCACAAGUAAUUGGCAACUCAUUACACCUUGGUGGAGGGAGAGUUACAGCAUCUACUCCGGAGACUAUUUAUGUCUGCUCUAGCCAGAGUGCUUUUCUGGCUCGGGGGAUGGUGGGAGGCCAGGGAAGAAGCGCUCGUUGUAGUCCAUAUUUAAAUCCAUAGUCGUCAGCUCCAAAAAUCCAUGAGCCUGAUUCAUAGUUUUAAUCAUUUCAAAUGUGUUCCGCGAUUCAAUUGUGUGAUCUUCCUCUUCCUGUGUCUGCUUUUUCUGAAUUGGUUUGUAAUGAGCAUGCCCACGCAAAAUAUUAAAACACAGCAGAAAGUUGUGCAGAUUUCCACAGAAUUGGAACUACCAUCAUUCAUAAGUUCUAUUUCAAUGUUUGUUCCAACAGUUGUUUUGUUCAAACUGGCGACACACACACACACACACACACACACACACACACAUUAUCAUUCACUGGUCUUUAUAAUGGGGUUUUUACAUUUUUUAAAUUGAGGAUACUUGGGACGUUUUACUCUACAACAUAAAUUACACACAAUCAUUCUGAAAAGUGAAUUUUGAAGCAUGCUUAUUUUUAAAAAUACAUGUUUGUAAAAAGUUUUGGGUGUGUGCAGUUUAUAUUGUACAACAAAACAUUCAAGUAUCGUCCUAGUUAUUGUUACCACAUGCCUUAUUUUACUCAAUAAUUGAAAAUUAGAAAAUUAUAAUAAUAAUAAAUAAUAUAAAAACUAUAUGUGUGUGUGUGUGUGUGUGUGUGUGUGUGUGUGUGUGUGUGUGUGUGUGUGUGUAAAGGUAAAGGAAAUGUUUUUUGUUUUCUGGGUUUUGAUGUUACAUCGCAGCUGAAUUAAUUAAUUAAUUUAUAAUAUCAUUAUAUAAAUAAUAUAUAAUUAUAUAAUUUUAUAAUAUUAAUAAACUCCAAGAUAAAUAAGAUGAAAAACUGAUAAGAUUUUAACUAAUUUGAUUAUGCUUUCAGCUACCAUUAAUACUGUUAUACUCUGAGGUCUGUUUAACACAUUUUACCAUAUUUAAAUCCAUUCCAAAUCUUCUGAGACAAAGUUAGAGCUGAAAAUGUCUGCAGGAUCCCUCUAGGCCUAAUGAGUGGAGAACAAGAUGUUUUUGCUUGGGUUUUGCAGUACUUAAGUCACUUAAUGUGACUUAAUGGUACUUUAUGGCCAGUUAUUGAUACCU